GCAAAAGUUACGUGAAAAGGCUAAGGACAACAGUUACUUUUUUAUAUCUUCCUGAUAUAUUGCUUCUAUGUAUUUGGUUGUGUGUGUGUGUGCGGAAAAAUAAUUAAAUUUACAGCAAAUUAAAACUGUUUUAAAGGCACAACCCAAGCAAAGUUGUAACUUUUUUGCAAAUAUGACAAAGACUGCGAAAAGUGCACAAAUUAGCAUAGCCAGUAAAAGAAGAAAAGUCUAAGGAUCCAGCACAAACAAACAAGCCAACAAACAACAACAACAACAACAACAGCGGCUCAAUUGUCACAAUGACAAACGCCAGCUGAAGACGACGCAAUCGGUUCAUUGGCCCCCGAAACCCGUAGUCUAGAGCCCCAACGCUGAGGAGUGGGAUUGGUCAACAUGCGGCGUCCAAAAAUAUCCCUCAAGAAGUACUUCUAUUUCACCCUGAUCUGUGCCCUCCUCCUCAUAUUCGGUUUCAGUCUCAAAGAGCGCGAAAUAUGGAAGACGCUGAGUCCUCGAUCAUCACAGAUCACCACGCAGCAACUGCAUCAUCAACAUUUGCAUCAACUGCAGUCCAUGGACGAGGAUCAUUUAUUGGCCACCAGUUCUACUGCGGCGCCAGUUGUUGCCACUUUGCUACCCGAAGUGGCGGAUAAUCUCAUCGAGGAGCCUGAGCAGUCAGCUCUAGAGGAGGAGGAGAUCGAAUCAGAGCGCCUGCAAGAGCCGCCGGCGGAAAAAGCUUGGUUCUUCAAGAACGGAGAGUACUAUCCAAAACCGGCCAGAACCUACAGCAAUCGCAAGGCCAGGAAGCGUCAUGCUCCCAGAUUGCUGCCCCAUCAGGAUCCCUAUUCCGAUCGGAUUGUUAACCAGCUUAUGUAUGUGCCGCACAACUAUGAGGAGAUCAAAUCCAGUGGAAGACUGAAGACCAUCCUCUUGUACAAUGGACUUGGUCCCUGGAACGUGAAGAAGGGCCGCGAUGUCUUCCUGAAAGCCAAGUGUCCUGUGGACACCUGUGAACUGACUGCCAAUCGAGAUCUGGCCAACUCGGCUGACAUGAUUCUCUACAAGGAUCACUAUAUUCCCACGGGCAUUCGAAGGCCCAACAAUUCUAAGCAGGUCUCUAUGCUCUACUAUCUGGAGUGUCCUUAUCAUACGCAGAAUGUCAAGGUGCCCGAUGCCAUCAAUUGGACAGCCACCUACAGACGAGAUAGUACCAUUGUUGCCCCCUAUGAAAAAUGGCAAUACUACGAUACGAAGGUGCAGCAGCAGGAGCAGGAUAUAAACUACUCCGUCAACAAGACCAAGAAAGUGGCUUGGUUUGUGUCCAACUGUGGAGCAAGGAAUGGCCGGCUCCAGUACGCCCAUGAACUGCAAAAGCACAUAGAGGUUGACAUCUACGGUGCUUGUGGCAACUUCAAGUGUUCCAGGAGUACAGCGGAUAAGUGCUUUGAGAUCCUGGACAACGACUAUAAGUUUUAUCUGGCAUUCGAGAAUUCCAACUGCAAGGACUACAUCACGGAAAAGUUCUUCGUAAAUGCGUUGAACAGAAGGGUUUUACCCAUUGUGAUGGGAGCCCGUCCCGAGGAUUACGAGGUUAGUGCCCCUCGAAGGUCGUACAUCCAUGUGGACGAAUUCGCUUCGCCCAAAGAACUGGCGGAAUAUCUGCACAUCCUAGACCAUGACGACGAGCUGUACAACUCGUAUUUCAAGUGGAAGGGCACCGGGGAGUUCAUCAACACGUACUACUGGUGUCGAGUGUGUGCCACCCUUCAUAACGAGGAGCAGCUGAGGAAACCCCGGUGGUACACCGAUCUCAAUGAUUGGUGGCGGGGACCUGGUGUCUGCACAACAAGAUCAUGGCGGAACUUCAAGGCGCGCAAGGAUGUAAUCAGCGACUCCAGCGAUGACUGAGUUCAAGUCCUUGAAGCGAUCCAGAUCGUGGGCAUGGGCAAUCCUUAGAUCAGAAGUCAUCAUCAGGCAUCAGUGAGUGACUAGUUUCUGAAUUGUUGUUUCGUAGGUAUCACCAUCUCUACUUUCACUACUAUCACUAUCCACAGGAUGGGUCCAUUUUGUUUCGAGAAAUGGGCAAUGUUGCUAUAUAUUGGUUAUUAAAAUGAUUUACCUAUUAUUUAUACAAAAUUCUCCCAAGAUCUCCAAAGAAUAGUCCUAGUGAUUAUAAACUUUUUAGAUGAUUUUCAAUGGAAUCUCCAUAGUCGUACUCUUAGUCGCAACAAAAACUUUCUGGAAUCAAAAAUAUCGACCCAUCCUUCGCUAAUCCAUGUGUAAAGAGUCACUUCGUUUUUGUCGGAGUUUUACGUAAAUGUUUUUUGUAGUUAGUUAGUAAGUCUAAAACCUAAAUCUCGGAGUUGGCGUCGACCGGGAAAAUCGAAUCAAACCGUGGAGGCACGAGGUGAGGAGCGUUUAAUUACUAGCCCAUAGACUAAAAAAAGAACCCCGUGCCGAUCAUUGUAACAUAUACAAUACCAGAUGCAUAAGAGAACGUAGACACCUAGCCUAGUUAUAUAUAUAUAUAUAUAUACUGAUAUACAAAUGAUAUGUAUACAUAGUUCGGUAAUUUAUAUAGUUGUUUAAACUAAAAGCAAGUCCAAAGUAGACCAUAAUAAGAUAAAGACAGAGGCAAGCAAGUUAAAGUAGUUCGACAUUAUAAAGCUUAACUGCAAUGAAGAAGAUGAGGCAUCGGCUAUAUAGCUUAGAUCUUUUGUAAGUGUUUUUGUAAGCAACCAGCAACUGAUGGCUCGACCUGAAAUAUCUAUGUUGCCUGUUAAUCGAGCACAUUUUCUUUCUUUUAAACCAUUUGAUAUUCAGUUUUAGAUUUAAACUAGCCCGGCUUUUAGUUGAGAUGUUAGCAGUAGAGAGCUACUUGUAAAGGUUUCCCAGCCUGUUGACUAACUAACUUACUCUAUCUAUAACCGAUUCGCACAAGCUAACAUAAAUAUCUGAUCUAAUACAAAAACAAUCAGCAUUCCUAUUUUUCACAAAGAAUAUCAUAUGUCGUAUUAUUUGAAUUCUAACAGCGCAUAUGUGUGGUUUUUACAAUAUUUCUUAGCAAUAUUUGUAUUUAUUGUGAAACAUAUAAUUUAUAAGUAUUGAAUAAUAUCAUCUGUGUGUGUAUUUUGAUUGUGAACUUGUUUUAAUUUUAAUUUUUACUGUGAUACAAAAAAUAAUAAUUAUAAUAAACAAGAAUUAAACAGUGGCAA